AUGGCUCCAUUCCACUCCUCAAAAAGACCGAGACGCAAUAGUCUAACGAAUGCUUCACUCGCACAGACCUUGCUAGAGCACCACAACUUCGAGCAAGAUGAUUUCUGGGAGACAGCAAGGCUGUUCACGGUCCUCGAUGAUGACGGCCAAAUCUCGAGUUUAUCACCUGCCACCACGUCUCAUAAACGAAAACGUGACGAAGGCAGCAUCGACGAAGUGCAUUCAUUCUCGGACGACAGUCAUGCCUCCAGCGUCCUUGAAGAGCUCUGGCCUGGGUCUGCCCCUUCUCUGCCGUCGCCACUGGACAGGGUUGUCGAAUUGGCGAUUCCGAAUCCAUUCAUAAUGGGAGACUUGUCAGAAAUACCAGACCAUCCUCGUCUCACUUCAAUCUUUGACCCUGUUGUCAUUCCGAAGCAGGUCCGUGUCAACGGGCUGGUCAAGUUCCAUCUGCAAUUCAAUGAUCCGAACAUGCCUCAGAGCACGAAGCAAGUCCUCACCAAAUACCGGAAGGAGUACAACGAUCAGUUGAAAACCAAGGUCGGUGAAGUCUCUUACCUGCCGCCUGACUUUGGUCGGGGUUUGAAUCUGAAUUCGAUGGACCAACGACUCUUCAAGUUCUACGUUGUCGCAUAUUGUGCCGGGAGGACUCUGCUGCCAGCUUCAAACGUCUGGCUUACAGGCAUACCAGCCAUCGCCGAGAAAUCGGAGUGCGUGAAGCACGCCAUGCUGUCCUGCGCAGCCGGCUAUGUUCUCGAUUAUGCUCCCUCGGACAAGCUCAAGCGGCGAGCAAGCUACCACCACAAACGCGCGGUGAUGCUUCUUGGUCUUGAGCUUGGCAAGGAGGAGAACUAUGAACCGGGUAAGGAGGAACCGCUGUUGAUGGCGUUGUCGCUGCUGAACCACGAGGACAUCGUCAAUUGGGAAACCAGGGAAUCCACCAAGAGACAGCCCAAAUGGUACCAAGGCAAUCUUGCAGUCAAAUAUCUCCUUGACAGUUCGGACCCCGGGUAUCGGUACAAACAUCCCAUCAAUGUGCAAAGCACCAACAAUCGCUACGUCAUGAGCCACUAUCAGAUGAAAAGUCUCAUCCUCUGCGAUACACUCGCGCCAUUGAAGCCAGAUACCGAAGAACAUCCCUUCAGGUGGCUCCUCGAGGGUAAUGAAAGGGAAGUAAGGAGAGUCACAGGCCUGGCUGGCUGCUCUGCGAAGAUUCUGCACAUUUUCACGCAGAUCACUCGACUUUGCGGCCAGCUGCACGAAAACCCCGAUUCCAUACCGAUCCAGAAGGCUGGGAAGGUCAUCCUCGAGUCGUUGACCAAUUUUCAGCAGUGGUCGGAUCUCCUGCCUCAACCAUUUUCGACCACGGAGCAACUGGCCCAAGCCUGUGAAGCAGACAAGGACGAGAAUGGAAAAGUCCGCACGGCUGCUCUAAGUGUCGCACUGAACGCCGAUUCCUACGUCCUUGCUGCUCAGAUCUAUAUCCUGUGCAGGCUGUUUCGAAAACCGCGCAGGCACCCCGACGUGCAGAGCAGGCUGAGGACCUUGGUCAGGUGGACAGACUAUCUGCCCUUAGACGGGCCUCUUUAUACUGCGCAGGACACCCUGUACGGGCUCGCAAUCACCGGGUUCAUCGCGGUCGAGCCCGAGCAUCGUGCCGUCGUCGUCGGACAGUUCUGUCCCUUGCUGAUGGGACCAAGAGGAAACGAUCCGCCUGUGUGGCAUGUGACCGAGAAGCUUUGGAGUUGGCUCGAUGAGGCUGGAAUCGAAGACGAUCCGGACGAGACCGACGCCAAACCCCUCUCUGAGAGGAAGCCUUGGUGGGAGACCAUGGUGGCUUGGAUCAUGGACACUCAAGGGAGGUUGAGUCUAUCAUGA